AUGGCUUUCAAAAGCCCCCUAUACUUUCUUCUCUAUGUCAUGAUAUUAUCACUUGCUAUAUUCUGCUCAGCAGAAGAUGAUGAUGACAAAACUUACUCUUCCUCUAAAGCAACUUACUACAAAAAGCGUGAAGGAGAAGGAGCUUGCGGACUGAAAGAAUGGGAGAAAAAAGUUUACGACGGUAAAGUUGGCGCAGUCAGCUAUAGGCUAUACAAGGAUGGAAAAAGCUGUGGUACAUGCUAUGAGGUGAAGUGCAAAGAGAAGAAAUGGUGUAGUGAGAAGGGCACAAAAAUGGCGGUGACCGAUUGCGGCAAAGGCCGCGAAGGAACGGAUUUCACCAUGAGUUACGAAGCCUAUGGAGAUAUGGCCAAAGAUGAAGAGUCCAAAAAACGCCUUUUCAAAAAAGGCGAGGUUGAAGUUAAAUACAAGAGGGUUAAAUGUGAUUAUUACAAAGAUGGCCAAAAAUUCAUUGUGAAAUAUGACAAGAAGAACAGCAAGUGGCCGGAUUACCAUAAAAUCACAGCAAUGUACAAUGAUGACAAAGAUUACAUCGCCAAAGUUAAAAUUAUAGCUGAGGAUGAGAAGGAGAAGGAAAAGGAGAACGAAAAGGAGGAGGAGAAGGAGAAGGAGAAGGAAAAGGAGAACGAAAAGGAGAAGGAGAAGGAUAAGAAGAAGGAAAAGGAGAAGGAAAAGGAGAAGGAGAACGAAAAGGAGAAGGAGAAGGAUAAGAAGAAGGAAAAGGAGAACGAAAAGGAGAAGGAGAAGGAGAAGGAUAAGAAGAAGGAAAAGGAGAAGGAGAAGGAUAAGGAGAAGGAAAAGGAGAACGAAAAGGAGAAGGAGAAGGAGAAGGAGAAGAAGUGGGUGUUUAAGGAAAUGAGAAGAGCAUAUGGAGCAGUUUGGGACAUUGCUACUUAUAAGCCAAAGUCAUUUGUGGAGAUCGAGACAGAGAAGGGAAAGAAAUAUUAUGAGCGGGUUAAAUACAUGGACAAAGAUGAGAAAGAUGAGAAAGAUGAUAAGGGUGAAAAAGAUGAUAAAGAUGACAAGAAUAAAAAAGAUGGAGCAGCUGAUGAUGAUCGUGAUCAUGGGAAAUCUUCAGCUAAAGCAGCCACCGAAAAGCUCAUCAACUAA